UUUAGUUUUUCACGUCCGGGACUGCACCUCUUUUGUUUUAACGUGAAACUAGUUCAGUUGAAAUAGAAUUUUGCGAACGCGUGUUCGACACAGCAGUUUUAAAAAGUAGCCUAAAAAAAUCCAAAAGUUAUAGCCUAAGAAGGGAGGCUGAUCGACAUAUUUUAAUUCGCGGAUCAAGGUCUGUUGUUCAACAAGAUGAGCAGCUUUGAGGCUCAGUUUGUGGAUAAGAACGAGGCAGCGCUUAUUCAAAGGGUUUCUUCAGUGAUGCCAAUAGCAGAUGAGCUCAAAAAUAAGGGCAUGAUACAUGAUGAAAAAUAUGCGGAGAUCAAAGCAGAAGUAACCAACCAGGGCAAAAUGAGAAAGCUGUUUGAAGCACUGCAUUCUGGAGGAGACAGAGUGAAAAAUGACUUUUAUUAUGCGCUGAAACAUCAUGAACCAUUCCUCUUCAAAAGUCUGGGUGGUGUGACAGCUGAAAACACAUUUGAGGUGGACAGCAGUGAGCAGAACCUGCAGGAGAGCAUGGAGCUAUUGUGAUCUGAACAAUUGCUGAUAUUCUGUCCUUGAUGCUCAUUAAACACUGUGCAAGACUUUACAGACCUAACAUGGAAAAAAAAGAGAAGAUGCAGCCACAUGAACAUGAAAAAAUGUUAAAAUGCAGUUAAAGGAACAGUUCACCCAAACAAAAAUUCAAAUUCUCAUCUACUGUCCACAUUGUCAAUGAAAAUUGACUCUUUUUCUUUCAUGAAACACAAAAGUUUAUCAUAUAAAUGUGUAAACUUUGACUUUUUUUUUACAUGGAAGAAAGUGGCAUACAAGCUUUAAUUUUUUAGGUAUAUAUAAAUUAAAGUUUUUAUAUUAAUAAAAAUGAUUUUAAAAAAGAAAUAAGGAAUGAUUUUACAAAGUGCUUGCAAAGUAAAUUCAUUUGAGAUUAAACUUUGAAAAUCAUCCAUUAAUAUAUGUCAGUGAUGAUGUCACAAUUUACUCACCUUUGUGUAAUUUAGAGUUGCCUUUAUACUGUUCAUUUCUUUUCACAACACAUGAAAUAAUUAUUGUGCAUCUGUUUUUACAUUCCAGUUAAGGAUUCUGUCCUCCUCAAUAAACUGAUAACUUUGUGAAUUGGUUUAAACUGUUCUUUUUAUUUCUUAAUUGGCAUGAAACAUUCUUACCUGACAAAUAAAUUUGAUUAUUCUGGACUCUGAUUUUAUCUCUAGAAGGUUACAAGGUGUCUGAUGUUACAGCAGAUCGAUGCCCAAGCUAAGAACAUAAGGAUUUGAAUGAAGCAGGCUCUUCAUCCUUUACAUUUCUCCAUGUCUUUCUCCUCAUUUGUGUGAUUGUGCACAGUUUUACUUAUGAGCAAGGUUAACCUCAAGUUAUGUCUGUAUCUGU